CGGUAAAUUCGGCAUGAGAUUAAAUUAAAUCAGUCGUUAAAGCUAGUGCAUUACGUAUUUUAUACACACACCUGCUGUGUAGUUACAGUAAUAUGAGCGACAACGAGAAAGAUUUCAGGGAGCAGGUUGAGGUUGGAAGAAAGAAAAAGGCGGAAGACGUUUCAGAUGUGAAGUUAUUAAUAUUUGAAGCUGAUGGUGUUGAUGCAUGCUAAUGUAUUGGAUGCUGAAAAGAAGCGAUCAAGAUCUGUCCCCACUACUAGUGUUGUAAUGGCAGAUGGUAAAUGGGGGAAGAGGAGGAAAAAAGAAGUCAUAAUGUCAAACAGAAGAAAGAAGAAAUGAAGGGUUGUUUUGAAGUAAUGAAGUUAAAGAAGUUAUGAAGUUAAGAUCAGAAGUUUACCAGGGACUCACGGCCUGGCUCAAGGAGCGCAUCCCCUCGGGGCUCGGCAAAGUCCACCAGCCGCUCACCAGCACGCUCCAAAGAUGGCUCCCGCCGCUCCAGGUCCAGAUCGCGUUCUCGAUCCAGAUCCAAAUCCAAAUCCAGGUCCCGUUCCCAUCGAAGCUCACGCAGGCACUACUCCCGAUCUCGCUCCCGUUCCCACCGACGACGUUCCAGGAGCCGUUCUCGUAGCUGGGAGUACCGCCGGCAUAGGAGCCAUAGCCGCUCCCCCAUGUCAAAUCGUCGCAGACACAUUGGCAACAGGGCCAACCCAGACCCCAACAACUGUCUGGGUGUUUUUGGACUGAGCCUGUACACCACUGAGCGAGAUCUGAGGGAGGUUUUCUCUAAAUACGGCCCUCUGAGUGAGGUCAACAUUGUGUAUGACCAGCAGUCGCGUCGAUCAAGAGGCUUUGCCUUUGUCUACUUUGAAAACUGUGAGGACUCCAAGGAGGCCAAGGAGCGUGCUAACGGAAUGGAGCUUGAUGGGCGCAGGAUCAGAGUGGAUUUCUCUAUUACAAAACGAGCCCAUACUCCCACUCCUGGAAUCUACAUGGGACGUCCCACAUACGGUGGUAGCGGUGGUGGUGGAGGCGGUGGUGGAGGCGGAGGCAGUAGUAGCGGUGGUUCAUCGCGGCGUGCCUCGAGGGACUACGACAGGGGCUACGACAGAGGCUAUGACAGAGGUUAUGACCGUGAUUAUGAUCGCUAUGAUGACCGAGAAUACAGAUCAUACAGACGCAGAUCUCCGUCUCCUUACUAUAGCAGGGGGUACCGCUCACGAUCCCGGUCACGGUCCUACUCGCCACGUCACUACUGAGCAGCGAGAGAACAGUCAAUGACAGAUUCAGUGUUAUUGCUUGGAUGCUUGUCUUCUGUUUUUUCGUUUUUUUUGAGCACAUUGUGUAUGUGAUAGGAAUUCUUGAUUUGUUUAUGUAUUAAAUGAUUAAAACAAUUAUCCUAAAAAUAUAGCCUGUCUGAGCCAAACAGUGUCAGCUGUUAAUUAAUCGUUACCAAAUUUGUAGGAAGAAACGUGUAAAAUGUGUUUUAAAAUGGCAGAACAAAAGUUCAUGUUCAAGACAUGGGCAGUUCUCUGGAUCUGUGUGAAAAACGUAUCACUGUUUCAUUGGUUAACUUUUCUCAUCACUUUUAUUAAGAUAUGUGAAGCCCUUCCAGGUUAUCCUUCUAAUACCAAACAAACCGAAAUCGAAAACUCAAACCUGUUUGGCGGCGAUAAUUAAACCAAAGGCUGGCUUGUUCGUGCUUGGCUCGACCGACUUGUUUUUAUAUGAGCAGGAUUUUCUGUGGCAGUUAUAUUACUAUUUCUCAUUUUGCUGUUUGUAUGUAGUUGGUUUCUUAAACUCUCAAGAUCCUAGUUUGCUCUUUGAAAUGUUUUAAAUGCUAUGUUUUGUUGUUUUUUUUUAAAUUUGGUCUUAUUUUUUUUGUUGUUGUGUGUGUUUGUAUAUAAGCAAUAAAAAUUACUUUGGUCAUUUGCUCUGUUGCUUAGUAAUGGUGUGUAGUAUACUGUAAUGGUCACAUUGCCCCAUGGAAUUAGAGGCAGGAAUGCUGCAGGUGUUGUACCAUGAAGUCCCAUCAAACAUUUGGAAUUUUUGUUUUGUUUUUCUUGACAGAAAUAAAAUAUUACUGCUUGGA